GCCGCUGGCUGUCAUUUGUGAGGAAAUUAGCAGCAAGCUGCUGGCUGCAGAAUUCUAUCUUUUCGUGAUGGAUCCAAACGAAGUGGUGUAUAUUUCUAAUAUUCCCAAGCAAACGUCGUUAGCGGAACUGCACAGCUUCCUGCGGUCGUCGGGAAAUGUCGUCGGCUCGACGUUCAUGCGUGAAAAUCGAAAUGAUUGCCGCACCAAGAUCGCCUUUGUUUUGUUCGAGAAUGAAGACCAAGCGCUGGAAGCAUGCAACCUGGACCAAACCCUGUUUCAGUCGCAUCGGUUAAGCGUGCUGCUGUCCAAUGACGACCGAAAGUUUCUUGCCGGCUUUACAAUAGUGAUACAAAAUACGUCCUCUGAGACGAGCGAAGAGGAUCUGUUCGAAGCCUGCUGCAGGUACGGAAAUGUGGAAGCCGUACAGAUCCCUACCAAUUACUACGCGUUCGUCGGGUUUGCCGAGCGAUCUGCGGCCCAUGCGGCGCAACGGAAGCUGGACAAUUCUAUGCUCAAGGGUCAGCAGGUCUCGGUGAAGGUGCUGGACGAGGAUGUGCGCGUACGGCUGGAAGAUUUGGACAGCUACAAAACGCCGCGCGUGUACAACGAGCUGCUGCGCGCAAAGCAGCAGUACUUUGAUAAUCAACAACCGAGCAGAGGCAACAAUCAGAACAACCGAAUGAAUCACGAUCAGGAUCAGGAUCAGUAUCAGGACCAGCAGCACUACGACAACGUGGACGAUGACUCAAUGGGACAGUUCAACCAGAAUGAGGAUGAUUAUGAUCCGUCCAUGGAUCAACAGCAGGAUAAUCAGCAAUGUUUUGAGGAAGAAUACAGUCCUUUGCUCGUUUACCGGCGUGAUGUGCGCUUUGGAAAGCUCCGAUUUCAAGCCGCCAACAAAACGUCAGUAAAAGUGGAAAAUAUUCCACGAGACGUUUACGACGAAGAUGUCGUUAUAUUCUUUCAAAAAUUCGGCCCAAUCGUAAGCAUCGAGCGCGGCAUAUGUCUAAACGCGGUGUUUACGAAGGUUUACAUGAUCACGUACGAGAACGAAGAGUCGCAGCAGCGUGCGAUCAAUUGCUUUUGCCGCCAGGUAGUGCUGUCCAACAUUACCUGCACCGUGUUCACCAUGAUUCCCGGGGAAGCACUGUAUCCGGUUAAAAAUCAGAGCGUGUUGAUCAAUUAUGUGCCAACCUAUGUAUUUUUCGAUGAGAUUGUGCAGGCAUUCGCCGACGUCGGGAACGUGCUGUACGUAGAGAAAAUGGUGCGCAACAAUGGUCCGACGAUCGUGCACUUUACGCACCCGAUCAGCAUGACCGAUGCGUGCCAAAUCAACUGCAUCGCAGGCUAUACGGUUUUCAUUAUGCCGGUAAGCCAGAAGGAUUUUCAGCGAUUCGUUUCCAGUUGCGCCUCCCUGAAGAAAGCCGCCAAGGGAAAGGUACAUGGAACGUCAAAGUUCAACUAUCUGCAUGACAUUGAAGCGAAGGAGGAGCAGGAAAAAAUGGACAAUAUCAUUUUCAAGACAGCACACAAUCCCCACUAUCGCAAUCCUAACCCAAACAAAUACAGUUUUGAAGUGGUUCUUUACAACUGUCCCAAGAAUAUGAAGCUAACAGCGCUGAAGCAAUACUUUAAUCGUGCCGGCGAAGUGUUGGCCAUGCGCCAUGAAACUAGCAGAUAUGAUCCGAACACAUGGAAGGUGUACGUCAGCUUCGCCAACUAUCUGGAGGCGUAUCGAGCCAUCCGGCUGAAGGGUAAGUUAGGUGGAGAGCUGAUCUUCAAACACAUCGCUGCGGAAAGCCCAAAGCUCGACUGCGUCGAAGGCAUAAUGGUGAAAGUUCUCACAGAGGAAAAUAUUAGCGUGGCACGAGUCACGCGCGGCUUUCUCGGAUGCGGCGGGUUGUAUUUUGCCGAAAAAGUAGGUUUAAACGAAUUCGUCAUCAUCUUUCGAGACCUUAAAGGAGCCCGUAUAGCGUGUGGGGUAAGGGCUAUCGAUCGUCACCCAGUUGAAGUUUGCUGCCUAAAAGAUGUGCUGAAACAGAAUGGAUUUAAAAAAGGCGGCCCAGGCGCUCAGUUGGACGACGUGGAUGAUGUGAAGCGGCGACCCCGCGUAUUGCUUUCGGACAUAUUUGCCGACAAGGAAGUAGAAGACAACCCCCCGAAGCAGCAAAAGCCUCCAAAGCAGGAACCGGUAAAAGUGGAAGUAAAAAAUGCACCCAGUGAAUCACCCAAGGCGUCGACGAGCGGUGCUCCUCCCCCACUGUCACCGGACGCAAAAUCGGAUGAUCUCCGGAAGGUGAUAGCAGAAAAGCGCAGUAGCAAAUCGGAAUGUCAGGAUAAGCUCAGCGAUCUGGAAGAGAUGGAACGCUACAUUAAGCAAAAGGAGCAGGAGAUCCAGCGUCGGCUGCAAAAGCUGGAGCGGGACGAAGCGAACGUAACGGCAUUGCUACCCUCUACCAGCUCGAAGCGCCAAAAGUCCCCGGAAGGAAAGGGAAAGGACUCAACGAGCAGCAGCAGCAGCAGCCGAGCCGAGCAGAGCAGCAGUAGAAGUAAACGCCUUUCGCCGGCUCGAUCGGACAGUGCGUCCACCAGCCAACGGAUCAGCACGCACACGACGACGGCGACGACGGUUAGCAGCAUUCCCACAACCUACCCAGCCGGGAAAAUGAUGUUUCCGGACCAGAUGCGCUCCGUUUCUCCGUCGGACCGCUUGGCGCACGAGCGCUAUAUGCAGAUACGGGUGGAAAAAAUCGCCAUCACGCAAGAGCUGGAUUCGCUGCGCCAACGCUUUGACUACCGCAAGGGAUCGCGGGUCGAUGCGUUGCGCGAUCUGCUUGCCGGGCUGAACCGUGAGCAGCGGGAGAUACAGAUACAGCUGGAGGCCAAGUGGCGCUUCAGAAUGCCGGAAGAUGUCAACUACGCGGGAAGCUCCUUCGAUGCUUCACCAUCACCACCGGCAAGGCGGCAAAAUGUUCGAUCACGCUCGCGCUCACCACGCCGUUCACCCCGUCGUUCACCUCACCGUUCAUACCACCGUUCGCCCUACCGGUCACUGUCACGUUCGCGCUCUCCGUCACCGCGCAAUUAUGGUCGCUCGCGAUCACGCUCCCGAUCACGCUCGCGGUCUCACGGCCGUUCGCGACAGCUGACCCGGUCCCGGACGCGGUCGCCCGUGCGCUGGUCGCGAACAUCCCGUUCGCCUUCUCCCCAGUUCUACCGCCAGAGGCGGCGCCGUUCAAGGACCCCAUCCAGAGAGGCCCGGCCGCCGUCAGAACCAAGGCGAGGAUAUUCCUUGGAACGGGACAUGUACAACAUUGGACGCUAUAACACAAAGCAUCAGAAGCACACGGUGUUCGUCGGCAACGUUAGCAGCAAGAUGUCAGAAAGAGAGAUUGAGGAAAUAUUUGCCCGCUACGGGCGGCUGGAGAAUGUGGACUUUGCGCGCCGUAAACGGUUCGGCGAAGUGUACUUCAACUACUCCAACCGCGACCAUGCCUUCAAAGCGCUGGAGAUGAACAACGUCAAAAUAAUGGGACGCCGCUUGCGCGUCUCGUUCAAUUCGGAAAAACCGAUCCACCGAGAGGGAUACACAAUCUACUACACCAUGAGGCAACCGACCGACGAACAGACAAUUUAUCAAUCAUAUGAAUCGUACGGCGAGAUUGAUUUCAUUUGGUACCCAGAAAACGGGUUGUUUGGUACCAUCACUUUCCGGCGGGCCGAAUCUGCCACGGAGGCACUUGCAGUGAACGAGCUCAGCGAUGGAACAACUAUUCGUCCUAAACCUUUCAUUGACAAAGUUAGGCACGUCCAAUAAGCUUGCGUGGACGCGUAAAAUUAAACACUGCGACAUGGACGGCGCACAGUAAGCAACACAUCAUGGUUUUAUCAUCGAUAUUCUGUCAUUCUAACAGUAGCAAACACUUCUGACAUGUAAGUGACGGAAUUUAGAAAUACGGCUCAAGAAAUUAUUUGACCGUAAAAGUUAUUGCAACACGAGCUUGUAAUAAAAGCACGUAAACAUUGUCGCUUAAACCAAGCGAAGAACAAAUUGAGCAAUUACUGGUGGUAAAAACAUCAUUAUCGUUGCAGUGAAAUAUUAAAACCGCCACGGAAACGUCCGUGAUUUUAUUAUGCUGUAACUACAAAGGACAACCCUUUCAGAAACAUUGAAAUUAAUGUUACAUUGCUUUCGUUUUAUUCACUUUUUUUGUUUCAAUUCACACAACAAACAAUUUUCUAAAGUAUCACAAACAACUAUGUUAAAUUGUCUCAGAUCUCAGAAUUGUUUCCGGGGAAGAGAUUUUUUACGAUGUAUUUCUUUCAAUAUUACUCGUGCAGAGAGAGAAAACAGGAAAACAGAUGCUUUUAAAGAAGCUACAAUUUCACAUCUUUUAUUCCUUUCGCUCAAUUAUCAAGGUUCGCGUGUAUUAGAGAUAGUAAAGAAGAAUCAUGUCGUUUACGAACUAAAUUGCUACGUUGUAAAUAUCUCCCUUUGUUGUUUUUUUUUUCGUUUUACUUAUUUGUCGAGAAACAGUUGCAAAAUACACAUUUGUACUCCUCACACACCGCGUACAGUUUCAGCAAAAACGCAGGUUGCGACCGAAAAUAUCGAGUUAGAAUUGAGUUAGGUUUAGAAUGAGAUUUUUAUUUGCGACCCCUUUUUCUUCGCACUCCAGAAAAGAGAGAUAGAGAGAGAGAGAGUAUUCGCCAGCAUUAAGAUUAAUAUCAUUGGAACGAUAGUGGUUUAAAAUGGGGAAAAAGUCAGGAAUUUUUUAAGCAGCAAGAAUUUUGUACCAUUAGCAACGGGCAGCUUUCGCCCGUGGCGUGGUGGUGUACACUGGAGUUUGGGUUUUGGAGUUGGAAAGUAGUAAUGCCCAUUUAGAUGACUAGUAUCGACAAUUGUC